AUGCCGGAUGACUGGGAGUGGGGCUUCGUGCCUCUUAGCUCCACUAACCCUCCAACCGACGAAGCCAAGGACCGCUUCCCUCACAUCGAAUCGGAUAAGCGAGGUCCUUGCCGGAAGCGCCCGCUAGACAAGGUUGACCCAGAUCCUUACGUCCCUUGGACGGAUCUCAAGAUGGGCCGCACGCACACCUCGCGCCCCGAUGCUUCCUCAACUGGCCCCCAACCACAGGUCCACGAGCGCAUGGUUCCCCUUCAGGCCGAGGUUGGCCAGGAAUUCCUGGACAAGCUCGCCUCCGAGGGCAGGAAGAACAAGGCCCCGGCACCAGAUGCUGGAUCAAGCCAGGCCCCUCCAGCCAAGCGCCCCCGGACGGAAAUCCUUGGAGGCAAGGAAGUAGGCAAGAGGCGCUACAAAAAGAGGACCACGCCUGUCUCUUCCGGCCCUGCGCUCUCGCUCUCCAAGGGCGCUACCGGUACGAUGCCGGGGAGCUCCGAGGGAACGGCCAGGACCUCGUCCCCUCCUCGUUCAAGCCCGGAGGACCUUGUCCCUCCUCCAAACACACAAGAUACCGGCGCCAGUAACAUCGGCGCCGACACUGAAGCUGCCGGGCGGGCGGAACCUCAAGUUCCUCCCGUCCUGAAAGAAAAGAAGAAGAAGAAGAAGAAGAGCUCAUGCUCUUCCCCCUCCAAGGCCGUGCCGAACUCUUCCGCGUCGGCAAGCUCAACGCCGCCGCCAGAAGCUCCUGUUCCUGAGCCAACCGGGGCUACGCCGACGCCGCCGCUAGAAGCUCCUGUUCCUGAGCCAGCUGGGGCCACGCCAACACCGCCACCGGAAGCUUCUACCGCCAAGCCCACCAGGGACGCGCAGAUGCCGCCGCCAGCCCAAGGACCCUCUGCGUCCAAGCCAACGCCGCCGCCAGAAGGUGCCAAGCUUCGCUUGUCCGAGCCCUUCAAGGGGAAAGGCACGGCUUCCGGCCCGCAGUCCUUGGUGCUGGAUGCCGGCCCCGCCGCUGUCGUGGCUGGAGAGAGGGCUACCGGCCUCCUUGGCCGGAUUACAGAGCUGAAGCGCGAGGGCAAGGAGCUGGGGAACCUGCUUGAUUACGUUGAGAACUGGAAUCAGGCGGAUGUGUCCGUGGCUACGCGCGGCCUGGGCAAGGACCGACUUCCUGCCGUUGACCCGACCGGCCCCCGGUGCACCGAAGAACACUUCAUGCGACUCAAGCGCGCAGUGAAGGAGUUCGACAAUGCGUGGCAUGACGCCACCAGCAAUGUGGUGGUUGGCAAUCUCCAAGCUGAAAAGGAGCAGCUCAUUCGGGAUCACCAGAAGGCCCUGGACGCCCAGAAGACUAUCUCCAGGGAGCUCAAGGACCAGGCUAUCCAGGCCGCGGUCCGGCAUGAGCAAGAGCUGAAGGGUGCCAAGGCAGCAGCCGAGGCCAGGCUGGCGGAGGUUGUGGAUGAUUCCGCCAACUCCACUGCGGUGCUGAGGGCAGAGCUGGAGGAAGUGGGCAAGUUCUGGAAGGCUGCCGAAGACCAGGUCGCCCGCUUAACCGCGGAGCAGAAGGAGUACGAUGAGCUGGUCACGCGAACCGAUGCCCUCGCUCUCCAAAAGGUGGCCGAGCGCCGGGUUGCGCAGCAAUUCCGGAAUCUGGAUGCGGCUUGGGAUCCUUAUGAUCACCUUGUUGCACUUUCUGCCCGGAUCACCCAUAUGCGCGCGGUGGACCGGAACCUCGCGGAUCUGCCUGACUUGGCAAUCCAUCUCUUCAAGGUGCUUUGGCCCGAAGAGCAGGUACCGGCAAGCUUAACGUUCACCUCCGAUUGCUUGAAGGGUGCCGGAAGGAGAAUCCGGGAGUGGCAGUGCUCCGCCGCGCGUGCCGAAGCCGAUGCUGCGCUGCGCGUCGCGUGCUCCUGGUACCCGGAUUUGGACCUGGAUGCUCUCCAGGGCGUGCGCGAAGGUGCUCCCACUGAUAUGGAUCCGAUCCUCACCGCGAAGCGGUAG